AUGCGCGGCCCCUUAGCGACGAGCGUGCGCUGUACGCGGGACCAAUUGGUCGGUAUUCCACGCCGAUUGCCACGAUUUCCCCCGUCAAGCAAGACGGCGCGUAUCUCCUUGCAAGGCAACAUUCCUGCGCAACGGUCAUGGCAGUGGAAGACGAUGAGAUGGAGUGGCUUCGAUCAUAGGAGAUUCUUUCACUGCGGGACAUCGACCUUUGCUAAGCCUGCGGCUCCGUCACGCUCUGCACUCGAGGAGCGAAUACUUUCGAUUCCGAUUGAACGAUACCGUAACUUUUGUAUCGUGGCCCAUAUCGACCACGGCAAGAGUACGCUCAGCGACCGCCUUCUGGAGAUCACCGGUACGAUAUCUGCCAGUGACGCCAAUAAGCAGAUUCUCGAUAAAUUAGAUGUCGAACGUGAACGGGGCAUUACUGUCAAGGCACAAACUUGCACCAUGAUAUACAAUUACAAAGGCGACGACUACCUACUGCAUCUCGUUGACACUCCUGGUCAUGUCGACUUUCGAGCCGAAGUUACGCGAUCGUACGCCAGUUGCGGUGGUGCUCUGCUGCUAGUCGAUGCUAGUCAGGGCAUUCAGGCCCAAACUGUCUCGAAUUUUCAUCUUGCAUUCGCCCAGGACCUUGCUCUGAUUCCUGUUGUCAAUAAAAUCGAUAUGCCCUCCGCCGAUGUACCGAGGGUCCUCGAGCAGAUGCAUACGUCUUUCGAGUUGGAGCCUUCCACGGCUGUCCUUGUAUCAGCCAAGACUGGCAAGCAUGUGGCCAACAUCCUUCCCGCCGUUGUAGAGAAGAUCCCGCAUCCUGUCGGCGAUGUUUCGAAACCUCUGCGCAUCCUGUUGGUAGAUUCGUGGUACGAUAAUUUCAGGGGCGUGAUCCUGCUUGUACGCGUCUUUGAUGGCCAGGUCAAGGCUGGCGACAAUCUCAUCUCAUUCGCCACUGGCCACAAAUACACCGUCGGCGAGGUCGGGAUACAGUACCCCAAUGCUGUCCCACAAAGUGUCCUUCGUGCUGGACAGGUAGGCUACAUCUACUUCAAUCCUGGUAUGAAGCGCAUUCAGGACGCCAAACUCGGUGACACCUUCACCACCGUCGGAUCGGAGGACAUUGUCCAGGCAUACCCGGGUUUUGAGGAACCAAAGCCAAUGGUCUUCGUCGCGGCCUUUCCCACCGAUCAGGGCGACUAUACACGCCUGGCAGACAGCAUUAGCCAGCUUGUUCUGAAUGACAGGAGCGUGACCCUGCAGAAGGACUAUUCCGAGGCAUUAGGGGCAGGCUGGCGACUAGGCUUUCUAGGCAGCUUACACUGCUCUGUAUUCCAGGAUAGGUUGAAACAGGAACAUGGCGCCAGCAUCAUCAUCACGGACCCGACUGUGCCGACUAAAGUGGAAUGGGCUGAUGGGACCGAGACGAUCUAUCAGAACCCGGCUGACUUCCCCAGCCAGGAGGAGCACCGGAUGCGUGGUGCAACUGUCUUAGAACCAUUCGUUACUGCUACUAUGACUCUUCCAGAGGAGUACCUCGGCCGUGUCAUCGAGCUCUGCGAGAGCGUACGUGGCGAGCAAAAGAGCUUUGAAUUCUUUCAUGCCACGCAGGUUAUCCUCAAAUACGAUAUCCCUGCAGCUCAACUCGUCGAUGAUCUGUUUGGUAAACUUAAAGGAGCAACAAAGGGAUACGCAACACUUGAUUAUGAAGACUCUGGCUGGCGAGCGAGCCAGCUCACGAAGCUGCAGCUCCUUGUCAAUAAACAGCCUGUGGAUGCCAUUUGUCGUGUCAUCCAUAACUCACAGGCAGAGCGCCUCGGCAGGCAGUGGGUCACUAAAUUCAAGAACCACGUUGAUCGGCAGAUGUUUGAGGUCGUUAUCCAAGCGGUGGCGGGCAGGAAGAUUGUUGCACGCGAGACUAUUAAGCCGUUCCGAAAAGAUGUGCUCGCAAAGCUUCAUGCUUCCGAUAUUACGCGCCGGAAGAAAUUGUUGGAGAAGCAAAAGGCCGGCCGUAAGCGACUUCGCGCCGUCGGCAACGUUGUCAUUGAUCAGUCUGCUUUCCAGAGCUUCCUCUCCAGGUGA